AUGUCUUUGACACCUGGUACCUGGGUAUGGUAUCCGGGUGGAGAUGGAGCUCUUCACGCUGGAACGGUGACAUCUUCACAAGGAAAUCAAGUAGUUAUACAUCCGUCAUUAACGGCCACAGAGGAUGUUGAAUGUGCUGCUGCUGAUGUCAAGGUUUUACAUCCAUCGUCGCAGAAGGGUGUGGAUGAUAUGAUUACCUUGGUGGAUUUACACGAAGGAGCCCUGUUUCAUAAUCUGUCGAUACGAUACUCGAAGAAUGAGAUCUAUGCAAGUCACUGUACCUAUACUGGAAACAUUUUGGUAGCCAUGAACCCGUACAUCAAUCUUCCUAUUUAUGACAAGGAGACAGUGAGAAAGUACAAGGGAGUGCCACUGGGGGAUUUGGAUCCACACGUUUUUGCAAUUGCUAACGAGACAUACUAUGCCAUGUCAAGAUUUAAAAAGAAUCAAUGUGUUGUCAUCAGUGGAGAAUCUGGUGCAGGCAAAACAGAGACAACCAAAUUGAUUCUACAAUACCUGGCCGCAAUUUGUACAGAACGGUCUCUUGUACAGGAGCAAAUUCUUGAAGCUUCUCCGAUUCUUGAAGCGUUUGGUAACGCCAAGACAGUCCGAAAUGACAAUUCGAGUCGAUUCGGAAAAUUCAUUGAGAUUCAGUUUGGAAAGGACGGGAAUAUCAAGGGUGCCAUGAUGUUGGAGUGUAAGUGGUUUGAUGAUUUGGAGAUUGUUAAUAUGAAUAUGAUUACAGCCCUAACCUGGUUGUAUUCUUUAGAUCUUCUGGAGAAGUCUCGAGUAGUAGCUCAAUCACCAGACGAAAGAAAUUACCAUGCGUUUUACGCAUUGUUAGCUGGUGCAACUGAUGAAGAAAAAGAAACAAUGUCGUUGGGUCCACCGUCAUCGUUUUACUACCUGAAUCAAAGCGGAUGUCUAUCAAUAAAGAGCGUUGAUGAUGCUGCCGACAUGAAGGCGAUCAGAGAGUCAUUUAGAACACUCAAAUUUGGAGAAUAUGAGCAAGAUAUUUUAAAAAUGCUCGCUGCCAUCUUACAUCUCGGAAAUCUGACUUUUGCGGCUGCUGAAGAAGAAGCGGAUGGAUCAACUAUUAUAAACACUGAUGUUUUGGCCAUUUCAGCAAAACUCAUUGGUUUGGAAGCCAGCAAGUUGGGCAACGUGUUGAUCAGUAGAACGACUGUCACUCGUGGAGAAACGUUUGUUACUCCCUUGAGUAAAGAGAAGGCUCAGGAUUCUCGAGAUGCUCUGGCAAAAGCACUAUACGGUCGAAUGUUUACAUGGAUUGUAAACCAAAUCAAUAUCACCACACGACACAAGGAGGAUUUGCAGUUCGUUGGAGUACUCGACAUUUUUGGAUUUGAAGAUUUUGCCCUGGAACAAGAAGAUUAUGAUCGGGAGGGUAUCAGUUGGAAAAAGAUUGAUUUCGUGGAUAAUCAGCCAUGUAUUGACUUGAUCUCCAAGAAACCGGUUGGUCUGCUGUCGCUGCUAGACGAAGAGACAAACUUUCCAAAGGGUACCGACCAGACAUGUUUGGUCAAGUUCCAUAACAACCACGAAAAGAAUCCAUAUUAUGCCAAACCGAAAACCCAAAGUCAAAUAUUUGGUAUCAGACACUACGCUGGCGAAGUCACAUACCAAAUCCAGAACUUUUUGGAAAAGAAUCGUGAAACGAUACGGUCUGAUUUAUUGGAACUGCUGAAUUCCUCAGAGUCUAGCUAUGUCGCCGACCUUUUCCCUUUCACCAUGGAAGCUCCCCCAACCGGAAGUAUGGGCGACUUGACUGGGACCAUUCGAGGCAGUAACGCUGCACUGGCCUCAUUGUCUAGUAGCAGCGAUACGUUGUCAAGGUCUGGCUCGUAUGGUACGCUAAAGGCCAGCAACAAGAGCUCCAAGAACCCUACUGUUGGAGCUCAAUUUCAUUCGUCAUUGUCUGAAUUGAUUUCGACAUUGGCCUCGUGUAAUCCGUACUUUGUACGAUGUAUCAAACCAAAUCCCCAAAAGAAACCUGGUCUCAUAGAACGAUCUCUAGUAUUAGCUCAGCUGCGGUACUCUGGUAUGCUGGAAACCAUUAGAAUCCGUCGAGCUGGAUAUCCAGUCCGCAUAAAUUACGUCGAAUUCCUUGCCCGAUAUUGGAUAUUGAUACCAUCAUUGCGGAAAUCCGAAGAGCAGAAGGAUGCUUCAGCAAAAAUCCUAGCAACUCUGCCCUCAACCCAUAAAGAACUGUGGGCUAUGGGAGCCACGAAACUUUUCCUCAAAACUGCAUUCGAAUCGGUGUUAGAAGCUACCCGUGCUACUCGUUUGCUCACAUUCGCCGUGAAAAUACAGGCACUCGGUAGAAUGGUGCUGGCCAGAAAGCAAUAUAGACUGAAGAAGAAGAACGUCAUCACUUGCCAGAAAGCUGGUCGUCGAUGGCUGGGUCGAAGACAACUGGCACUCAUGCUUACACGGAUCAUUAUUUUGCAAUCAUUGAUGCGUGGUCGAAACGCUCGGCGGAAAUAUCAACCCAUCAUUCAAGAAAGAAUACGUAAAGCCAAGGAAGAAAAACUGGCCAAGGAGAAGGCUGAGAGAGAAGCUGCAGAAUUGGCUCUCAAACGUGCUGAAGAAGAAAGGGCAGCCGCUGAGGCAGCAGCUAUAGCGGCCGCAGAAGCAGCUGCUCGAGCCGAAUUAGAUGCUUUGGCAGCAGCCGAAGCAUUGGCAAAAUCAGAAGCAGAAAGUGCUGAUGUCAAAUCUAAAGAGGCCAUUGAAAUCGAAAUAGAAGAAGCAGAAGACGAAGACGAGUUUGAAGGAAUGUCGCCUGAUGAAAAAGAGCGACAACGAAAGCUCUUGUCAUAUUUGGAGCAGAAGAACAGUCGUCGUAAUUCUGCCAUACGUCAGUCCAUGUUGAUACCUCAACAUGUCGUCGUUCCAGUUAUUGCUCCUCCGGCCGAACCAGACGCUGGACUGCCUGAAGAACUAGAGAAGAAAUUGUCAUUCAAUGUGUUGGCCAUGCUCAACCCCAUCAAGUCGACACACGUCUUCAAUUCUGAAUCUUUAACCCAUUCAGAAGAAGGAGGUGGCGGAGGUCGACUGUCGUUGGUCUUGAAUGAGAGCUCUAGACCAAACGCCUCUAGUGAACGCCUGUCUCAAACCGAACGUUUGACCGGAGUUGGUAAUAUGGCUGCCUUUGCCAAUUUCGCACAGUUGCACUUCCGAGAAGGAAUGUCUGCCAAUGCCUCCAAGCUAUGUCCCAAGGCUUCUCUCUUAAAAUUGUCGUCAGGGUUGUCAGAUAUUGCCAUCGAUAUGUUUCGCGCCAUCCUGAAGUUCGUUUACCUUGACGGCUUGACUGCCAUGGCAUGCCUACAAAUAAUCAACUACAUGAUUGGAAAGGCUCUAAUCAAUCCUCAGAUGGUGGACGAACUCUUUGCUCAAAUAUUGAAACAAACUUUCCAAAACCCAAACCAAACCUCGGCAGGCCGAGCUUGGACACUGGUGGCUUAUGUAACUGGGAUAUUCAAACCGUCUCAGUACAUGUUUGCCUGUGCAAGGUCUUACAUUCAAGCUGCUGCUCCAUCAGAUCUGAGAGAUCUGUGCUUGAGCAAUAUGUCGCAGGCUGGAAAUCACGGCUCUCGUCUCGAGACGCUGACAUCUGUAGAAUAUUUGUCUGUUGAGAACCGAGAAGAUCUUUUAUUGGACGCCUUCUUCCCUGAUGGAGAUCGUCUUGUAUUCAAGGCUACUUCAGGCAUACUGGCACAACAAGCUGUCGAGAUCCUGGUUGCUGCCAAAAAGCUCAAGAAUCCAGGCGACUACACUCUCUAUGCAGAGUACUCAGGCAAAUGUAUCCGUAUUAUUCCAGAGGAACAUUUGUUUGAUGUCUUGUCUCAAUACGAACAAAGCAUGAUGACGAAAUCAGACACAGCCCAAGAAUGGGUGUCUGCUAAGAUAAAGGAUGCUCAGCUUAAGAAGCUCGGAGCCAGCGAUCCAUCGCUACAGCAAGGAGGCCCUCGUAUGUCUCAUGCAUCACGGAAGGAUGAAUUGGAUCAUCAGAUAAUAAAAGGUCCUCCUUCUCAACCUCAGCCAAAAACAUCUAGCAAGAUAUACGAUGCUCCCAUAGUACCACCAGUUCCUCCUAUGCCUCCUCAAGUUCCGCGUGUGCUGGAACGUGCUUUAUCGAACUCUAGUGUAGUGCCUCCUCCACCAUUGCUGAGACCAACUUCAAUGGCUCAAACGAAAAUGCUAAGUCAGGAUGAACCUACGACUCCUCAGCGGCUGUCUACUUCGGCGUUUGGCAACGCCUUUGGUGCUCCUCCUCCACCUCCUCCUAUGCCACCCUCUAUGCCCUCAAAUGGUCGUCCAUCGGUUGCAAAUCAAAGCAGUGGAUCGGCUCGUCCAUCUGUUUCAUCAGGAGGUCCACCACCGCCGCCGCCACCUCCUCCACCGCCAGCACCAAUAGCAUCUCAAAAUUCUAACACUUCGAUAAUGUCGGACAGUGGUGGAAGGAGUAGCGACGCUCCACCACCACCACCUCCUCCUCCUCCACCGCCACCAUUGCUAGGUGCCAGCAAAGAACAGCCCCCCAAUACUCCUCCUUCAUCUAGGAAGCCAGUGACGCCACUGCCAAAGUCCAAUAUAUCAUCUCUUGGCAAUACAGCACCACCGCCACCACCUCCGCCUCCUCCUGCUGCCAUGGGAGGUAUUCCACCGCCUCCUCCAAUAAAACCAACUUCACUGUCGACAGGUGCACCACCACCGCCACCGCCAGCUCCAUUGGUUGCUAAAAAUGUCAGCAGUGGGCCUCCUCCUCCGCCACCAGCUCCUUUAGUUGCGAAAAACACAAGUGGUAGCAGCGGUCCUCCACCGCCAGCGCCAGUUUUGGGAUCAGCCCCAGUAUUGAAGCCGGGAACUGUCAGAGGCGCUUGGCAACCCAAGAGUCCUCAAAAUGCAGGUGGUCCGCAGUCGCCACCAAUAGUCAGUCCUCCACCAGGUCCUGCCCCUGUUCUUGCUGGCACUGUGAGGAGGAACCAAUCGCCAAUAUCACCCAAUGCGCCGGCUCCCGUUUUGCCAGGAAAGGCUCCGGGACCACCACCAGUAUUCAAUAAAGCUGGUCCCAGUGUACCGCCACCAAUUAAAUCUCCAGCUGCAACAAGCCCAAUAGUACCUCCUAAACCUCUUCAAGUCGGUGCGAAAGCUUCAGGCGGGCCUCCUCCACCGCCUCCACCGCCAGCAUCUACAUCAAGUGGUGGAUCAACAUUAGCAGAUCUCAUAAAAUCGAAAGUGCUCAAUAAGCAGCCUCCUCCCUUGCCAGGACCGCCAUCAAUUCCCUUUGGUGAAAGCGGCUACCCGUGGAAAUUGUAUCUGAAAAGGGCAGUUGUGCUGCCGAAUUACCUCUGGUCUGAGAACUUGGAGCUGGAGCUGACCUUUAAACAGAUUACUGCAGAUGCAAGACCACCAUUCUGCCCAUCAGGACAGGUCGAUAAGGUGCAAAAAUUGAUUGCUAACGGUGGCAAGCAAGAUGCCAUUAAAGCUGCUAUGGAGUGGCCCAACUACUUUGGAAAGAUGUUUAUAGCCAGGGAGGAAUCUCUCGGCAUUCAACAUGCAGUCAUUACAGUCAAUCAAAAGGGUCUAACGGUUUCGUCUUCUCGUGACUCACUUCAGGAUGUGGUGGCUCAAGCUCCAUUUGAACGUGUGAAUAUUACAACGGCUUCAAACAAGAUCCUGUCUGCUUCAAUCGGAAACAAGAAGCUAGAUUUGCUCACAAAUGGUGAAGCAGUUCAAAAGUCUGUUGAGGCUUACGUCAAUGGCUUGAAGUCAAACUCAACAUGGGCAGUAUCUAUAACUGCGUACAAGGGAGAUGCUGGUGGCGGCAAACUUUCGUUCCCACCACAUGUUGUCAUUAAGAUCACAGAGCGUGAUCCUGACAGUGGAUGGUUGCAGGGUAGUUAUGAGAAUGAGUCUGGUUGGUUCCCAUCCGAGUCUAUUCAGUUAAUGAUUGAAGAGCCAGAAUUUGAUGCAUCUGGCAGGCCUAUCAUGCCUGCUUCAAUGGCCAAAAGCACACCCGUCAUCGACGAAACUCAAGCAGCUAGGGCUCGUGCUCGUGUUGAAAAAGAUGAACGAGAACUUGCAGCUGUUGCCGCGACACCCAAACCUAGUGUGGAUUCUCCGUCACAAGGUGGUGAUCCAGACGCCAAAUACACCAUGUUGGAAUAUGCUCGGCUAUACUUUGCGGACGAUUCGAUGGAGAAGAGUGUCACUCAGAACGUGCGCACAAAAGCAACAAUUGCUACAUUACGAGGAGCUCCUGCAGGUGGUAUCUCAGCUGCUGCGGGACAGUAUGGUACAAUCAAAAAGUACCAGACAAUGAAGCAAAGCAACCUUCGAUCAUCAUCCGACUUGGGGUCUGGUGAAGUUCUCGGCGUGUUUGGCUGGCAAGAUUUAGUGGCCAAGAUCAAGUACACAGAUAUGCCAAUAAAAAGCCCAUUGAACAAGCUUGAGCCAAGUGAUGCUCCGCUUGCUGUUGAGUGUUUCCAAAUGCUGAUGAUGUAUAUGGGAGACAUGCCCUCGAAGAAACCCCGUCAUCAAAUGGCAGCUGGUCUCAUCACUUUGGGCAUGCAACAAGAUUCAAUGCGUGAUGAAUUGUACUGUCAAGUGAUUAAGCAAGUCACCAGCAAUCAAAGUCCUAGACCUGAGAGUUGUAAACGUGCUUGGGACAUACUCUGCUUCUACACCACUUUCUUCCCACCGUCGAAUACUUUUGAUCCAUAUCUUCGCAAAUUCUUGUCUAAUGCCAGUGAGAAGACACGGGAAUUCUCCAAUAUCGCUAUCGAUUGUGAUUCCCGUUUGUCAAAGACCAAAAUACAUCCUCGAACGAUAGCGCCAGGAGAAACAGAAUUGACUUCAAUUGAGAACAAGGUGCCUAUGCACGUCAAAGUCUUCUUCCCUGAAUCGAGCAACAAGUCGUAUGUACUUGACUCUCAUACCUCAGCACGUGAGAUUCUGAAGAGAGUGUUUGAAAAGUACGAGUUGCCUGACAGUACAAGCGAGUAUGGUCUAUACAUUGUCUUGUCAAAUAGUCAAAGUGCAUUACCAAUUUUGCCGAAUGAUAAGAUGAUUGAUAUCAUAUAUUUGGCUGACACCAUCAUGGAGGAGUUGAACGCAAGCUCCUUGGAGGUUAUUCAAUACACCAUCUACUUUUGCCGAAAACUGUGGUUGAAUGAACCCGUCAACAACUCUUCAGCAUUGAUGAACUUGAUUUACUUCCAGCUCUUGAAGGACUUUUUGAAUGGAAAUCUUUUCAGUAAUGUCGAAUUGGAGCAUAGCACUGUCCGCAGUACAGCAGAGCUAGUUGCCCUUCAAGUUUUCAUUCAGCAGCAACUCAAACCAGGCGAAACCGUUAGCUCGUACGAAAAAUUCAUACCAGACAUUGUCAGAGGAAUAGUAACGGCGGCAGCUUGGACAUUAGAAGUCCAACGGUGUCUUACGAGCAUCAAGCACAAGUCUGUUGAUGAUGCAAAGCGCAACUUUGUGGAGAUUAUCAAGAGCUGGGAUUUGUUUGGCUGCAAUUUCUUUGAUAUCAAGGCAUCAAACGAUCCACGGUUCCCUGGUGGUGGACUGUUAUGUGUUGACGGAGUAGGUCUCAAACUUUUAGACAGAGCAUCAAGGCAUACCAUUGUCGGCUAUGGAUAUGAUGAGAUUGUCAACUUUCGGUAUGAUGACAAUGAAUUCGUAAUGAGAACUGGAGACUUGCUACAAAAAAGAACCAUUCGUUGUGCUACUCGUCAAGGCUUUUGCAUUGCUGAUCUAGUUGUCAGCUACGUUCAAUAUCACGUUUCGCUCAAGAUGGUCGGUACGAACGAGGGACUCGCCGAGGCAAAUCGUGUCGCGUAA